AAACAAAAAAGUGUUUCGUGUCUUGAAAUGGAUAUAGGAUAGUCCAGUCUUGAAUUGUACUCGUAAGCUUAGGUCUUAACCAAGAGCAGUCCAGAUGUGUUAAAUCGCUAGUGACCAAUGGCUUUACGUCACAGACUGAUCAACUUCAAGAACAUCCUCAAGAGAAAACAUCCUUAUUCAGAGGAAGAUAUCUCACAAACAAGAUGUCGACGUUAUACAAGAUGUCUGACUCGAUGGGAUCUGACGAAUCUGGGCUUAGGCAAUACUCUGGGCAUUGGCGUAUACGUGCUGGUGGGGUCAGUUGCUGUACGAGUAGCCGGACCUUCAGUCGUACUCUCAUUCAUCAUCGCUGCCGUCGCGUCCUUGCUUGCGGGUCUGUGCUACGCAGAGUUCGGGUCAAGAGUGCCGAAAGCUGGAUCAGUGUACAUGUACACUUACGUGACUAUAGGAGAGUUCCUCGCGUUUAUGAUUGGAUGGAACUUGAUACUGGAGGCUGUAUUCGGUACUGCCAGCAUCGCGAAAGGCAUGAGUACCUAUUUCGACGCGCUCUUAAAUGGGGAGAUGUACGAAUUCUUCAUGGACAUGGGGUCGUUUAGCGUCAAGCACCGUUGGUUAUCCACGUUCUUUGAUAUGUUCGCUUUCUUUACAGUUCUUGUGUUUGCGUUCAUAAUGGCCUUUGGAGUGCGGCAGUCGGUGAUAGUGAGCAACAUCUGUGCCAUCUUCAACAUUGUCAUCGUUACGUUCAUCGUCAUCGUUGGUGCCACUAAAGCGGACCCGGGGAAUUGGCGUCUGACAGCCGACGAGAUCGUGGACAUAGAGUUCGACGCUGGCAAUGGUGGAUUCUUUCCAUACGGCUUAUGGGGCACGUUAAAGGGCGCCGCUGUAUGCUUCUACGGUUUUGCAGGUUUCGAUAUAAUCAGCUCGAAUCAUGAUGAGGUGGUGAAGGACCCUCGCCGUAUCGUUCCACAAGCAAUCAUGACUGUACUUGGGGUAGCGCUCUUCGUUUAUGUAAUUUUGGCCACAGUCGUCACUUUGAUGGUGCCUUAUUUUGUAUUGGAUACAUCGGCGGCUAUAGCUACCGUAUUCACCUACAUGAACAUGGACUGGGCUCGUUACGUCGUCGCAUUAGGCGGAACCGUGGGCAUCUAUUCCAGCCUAUUCGCAGCGAUGUUCCUGUUGCCACGUCUAAUGCUCUCGAUGGCAAUGGACAAAUUGAUGCCGCCGUGUUUCGCCUACGUACACCCUAAAAGAAAGGCUGCAAUAUUCGCCAUCGUCAUCCCUGCUGUUGUUAUUGCCGUAAUCGCCAGCGUAAUGGACAUGGACCAAAUGAUCCUAUUCAUGUGCGUUGGCACGCUCUUCUCGUACACUGCCGUUGCUGCUUGUGUCGUCGUACUAAGAUAUCGCUCAAAAGACGUAAAUGUGAAACCUGGUUUCUUGAAGCAAUUAUUCGGAUGUGGAAGUCGCACGCCCUGCCGGAUGUCUUCGCGAUGCGCUAACUUCACUCUGACAAUGUACAUAAUAACAUGCAUCGCAACGAGUCUGAUAUUAAACUACGUGACUGCAUAUAUAUACUUAAAUAUUGGAUUGCACGUGAUUAUGGUUGCCUGGGUGCUGAUUUUGACGGUGCAGCCACAGGACAAGGCGCAUUUACCGCCAUUUAGGGUUCUCUUGGUUCCUUUAACGCCAUUGUUGAGCAUCUAUACUAAUAUUAAUUUGAUGAUCUUCCUCGACGUGUACACAUGGAUCGUAGUGGUCAUCUGGGUUAUCAUAGGUAUAAUAAUCUACGUAAUAUUUAUGUGCGCAGUUUCGAAACAAGAACGUAACCAUUUUCGUUCACAGCAGGUAUUCUCAAGACAGCAAGUCCACAGUAAUCUAAGCUCGUUCAAAGAUGUUGAAAAGAAAGGAAAUAGUCCUAAUUUAAAUUCAAAUUAUAAUCAAAAUAAAUUAGAAUUAAACCGUAUGAUUAAUACAAAUGAAAACAAAAUAAAUGAAGAGAAACCUAAAGAGGAGCCUGAGCCUAAAUUCGAAUCGCAAGAAAUGUCUGAUAUGAAAGAAAUCACAACAGCAAAUGAUCAAGUUACAGUAGAAAUAGAUUUAAAACAAAAGGAAGCUAAAAUAAUUGACUUGCUAGAUCAAGUACUACAAGCAGAAGAAGAUAGUUACGUAGAAAUUGUAAGCCUCAAGGAAGAAAAUAUCGAAGAUAAAAACAUGGUUCCUAUUCCUUUAAUCGUUGAACCAAUACCUCAUAGAAAGUCCUUAAGCGAUCUUUCUGAUGCAGGGUCUGAUGCAUCAUUAGGAAAUCAAGUAUUGUCAAAGUAUGAUGUAAUAGCACAGGUACAUAGAGAAGACUUACCUAAGUUAAAUGAAGAUGUUGAAAAAGAAACAAAUAUUAUUGAACAUAAUGGAGAACACGAAGAGCUGACAGCUUUUAAUGAUAGUGAAACAAACUCUAGAACAGAUGAAUCGGGAUAUUCAGAUACUAUUGACAAAAGUGCUUUGAACGACUCUACAGACGAUGCCAGAGAAGAUAUCCCAUAUAUACCUGAGCCGCCUCCUUUUGAUGAAAAUUACUUUGCCCAGUCCUAUUUUAAGACAUCUUAUUCGGUUCCUUCAAGAUCUAAAAGGUCACCAUCCAUCUUAGAGCCCGAAAUAGAAACUAAGCCCAGAGAAAGUGUCGAGUCAAGCAACUCAAAUGAUGGAAUUAUAGUUUUUGGCAGUGAUAGACAAGUUAACUUUAUGUCAAAGUUGAGCACUAUUUUCAAACAUAAGAUGGAAGAAAACGAUGAAGUUAAUUUAAAAAGAUCGAAUUCUACAGGGAACAUGAGGGCAGCACAAAACGUGACGAUUCCAGAAAGGCCAUCAAUACAACUAGCGUUGAAAAAAGAAAUAUUAGCCGCCCAUUCAUCGCCCCGUUUGCGACCAGUUACGAGGCCCAAUUUGCAAUCCAUUACGACGCCCAAUUUGCAACCCGUUGAAACGCACAAUUUGCAAUCCAAUGCAACGCCCAAUGCUGAAGCAACAGCAACAGAGACUGAAGAUGUUGAAGAUGAUUCUAUGAUGUCCAGAGAAAACUUGAAGUCUAAAUUAGAGAAUAUUUUUGCUGCUGGUGGACCGAAGCCUCCAAAAUCAAGACUCAUGAAGUCUAACCCUCCUACCCCGGAAGAAGCUUACCAAACAGACGCAUCAAGCGUGGAAAGCAUUUCCAAACUACCAAAAAUGGAAAAGAACGAUACUCUCAAACGCCAGAGAGACAAAUUUGGCGAUGUCCUGAACUCGUUUCGUUUAAGUUUAAAUAGUGAUGAUGCAGUGUGAAAAAUGGUUGUUAAACCUAGUCGAAUCGUAAAUGAAUUGUGGAUAUUAUUUAUGAUAUUAUCGGCUUAAAGAGUUUUCAGAGUGCAAUAUGUGCAAAGAGCUGUUAUAUUAUAUAGUAUACGGGUAUGAAUACCGACACAACAAGAAUCUUGUUGAAUGUGUCUCUGAUAACAUUUAAAAGCGUUUAUUUAAUUUUCUGGCACGUUUUUAAUUAAGACGUUAUAAAUAGACUUGUACUAGGGUAAGUUGUACAUACGUUUGUAUUAGAUACGCAACUCUUUCAAGACUGACG